UGUAAACAAAGCUGACAGCUAUUUGGCUAGCUGUUAACUACACCUGAAUCGAAUUAGCCGCGUAAGAGAAGCUAAAUGGUUUAUUUCUCAGUAAUACAGCAAACAAACUGUAACGUAGGGAUCGCCUUGUGGUUGUUCCGUGCAUUUGUAUAGUUAGGUUCACGUUAAUUGUCUCCCGUUUCGACGCUACGAGGGUAGAAAAAAGCUAACACAAGGACGUUAAAGCAGUCAUUGUCCUCAGCUGAGUAAACAAAAACCGUGCAUUAGUCAAACUGUACGAACACUGAGCAACAUAGGUACGCGUUAAUAGUUUUUUUUAUUAUUAUUACUUAUUGGACAGAAAGACCGAGAGGGUUCGUUUUGUUGUUGUUGUUUUAUAUUUAGCAAAACAACAACAAUGUCAACAUCUAACGCCAAUUUUAAGAACAAGUGUGUGACCCAGGUGAACUGCAUCUUCUGUGAGAGUCUGCUCUGCACCAGAGGCAUGAAAGCAGUGCUGCUAGCAGACACCGAAGUGGAGCUGUUUUCCACGGAUAUACCUCCAAACAGAACKGUGGACUUUGUGGCCAGCUGCUACUCUACUGAAAGCUGUAAAUGCAAACUGAGAGACAUUGCAUGUCUCAAAUGCGGCAACGUUGUUGGCUAUCAUGUGGUAGCCCCCUGUAAACCCUGCCUGCUCUCGUGUAACAACGGCCAUUUCUGGAUGUUCAAUAGUGACGCUGUAUCUACUCUCAAUAGACUGGAUGCGACAGGUCUGAAUCUGCUUCUGUGGGGAGAUCUUCCAGAGCUGGAGGACAGUGAGAAUGAAGAAUCAGAAAGCCCCUCAGAGGAAGAGUGUAUUAGGUAAAGAGAGAAAACACAAGAGGAUGUGGUURCUAGAAGAGUAUACAAACCAGGUGGGGGUGAGACAGGAAAAUGUGUGUUAAAGGGUAAUUUAACACUGAAUCACAUAAAGCAGAUAAGCUCUGCUGUGAUCCGUUAGCCCCGCCCCCAAACAGWGAUGUCACGGCAGGUGUUUUUGCUCCAGCAGACGACACGCACCACCUGCCGYGACAUCAUUUAUCAAAGAGUGGCUUUUCGUGUUGAAUUACCCUUUAACAUGAGACCAAUGCCUUUCUCCUUUUGUUUUUCCRCUGUUAAAGCACAGACACACAGUUUUCAACUUUUCGCUUCAACAUUUAGCUGAAGAUGGCAAACGUCUAGAUUUCCUAAAAUAACGUUAGCUYACAUCUUCGAUCCGCCUCAAGAGAAGUGUGUUAUAAAAACCAGUGGAACUUAUCUGUGAAUGCUGUGCUUACUCAAGCUGUUUAUGUUAAAUUAUUAUUUUUUUUGGAGAUUGCUUCAAUUCACCUAUUUUUAUUUUGAUUUGUUAUCUGUACRCUGAAUAUGCUGUUAUAAGAAAACUCCAAUUCUGAGUUGUACUCGCGACGUGGCCUGGUGCUGAAUGAAACCUAGAGUGCUUUUUUAUUUUUAAACUCUCACAUACUAGAGUAAUGGCACAAUUGUUAACUAAUGUACACAUUUCUUGCUUUUUAAAGGGCRUAUUUAAUUCAAGGUACCUUUACAAUUUAUCAGUGAAAGAUGUGGAUACGCUAACACAGUUUCUUUGUGUUUGCUUUUACACUUGUGAUGACAGUGGUACUAGUUUAACACCCAGAUUUUGUACUAAUAUAUAUACUAACUAGUGAUAACCAGCUGCUGUGUUUCAAAAGGUCCAGAUGUCACAGAAAGAUCACUGAUCGAACAUAAACCUCCAUAUUGUGUUAUAAUACUGUUUGGUUUUAUGUAUCAGCGUAMCUGUAGCACCUGAGGUGGCAAAAAGGAACUCCAAAGAAUCGUUUUUAUUUAUUUUUUUGUAUAAAUUGGCCACCUUAUUAAAAACGGUUAUAUUUGUGGGGGUGCACCAAUGCCACCUUUUUUUGCAGGGGGCUCAGAAGACAAGUACUUACAAUAUCAAGCACUGAUACAAGUAUUAAUAAAUACCAAUAUACUGUUUGAGUAGUAGAACUUCUAAAUUUGUUAAUGUAUUAAAAUACAUUUUUUCCAAUGCCACCUUUAAAACAAUGUCCGUCACAUUUAAUUACAUGAUAAGUGAAAUAAUUUACCCAUAAGGCAGCUGUUAAGUGUUAAUCAGUGACCCGUGGUGAAAGAUUCUGAUAAGCACAGUUAGUUUUGGACCAGGUCCAGUCUGCACCUUUUGCUCCCCUCUCCUCAGAAAGCUGUAGCUUGAUGAUGGCCCCUGGCCCGGAUCCUUGCUAAUUCACCGGGAAGCUGCCGGAGUGCUCACCGGCCCGACUUCCUCGGGUCGAUAACUCCUUUGCCGCUUUUUAACAAUGUCCUUUUUCACCUCGACGAUAACGAUGAUGAUGAUGAAGGCCUUCGUUCUCUUGCCAGGAAUCUUCAUCUCAGAUCUGUGUUUUCUCAGUGCCCCUCUUCUGCUCCAUCGUUCCCUUAAAUACCUCGACACAGAUCAUUUUUCUGGUGCUGUUUAUUAGCGAUGGCUUUACCAGCCACCUGCUAGUGAGGAGCGUGGAUCAGGACAGCUARCUCACUCGGUUAACGUUGCUCCUGGUGCAUCCCUGCUCGGUUUAUAGGACAUUUCACAUUUUUUCAGGAAACAGGUUGCGAGGGUAAAGACGGAGCGGACAGCUGACUUGAAAGCUUGUUUUUACCUCAGUAAAGCUGUGAGCUGACAGGCGAACCACAGUUAAGCUSUUACUCAGCUCCCUGACAAACUCCCCUCGGUUAAGACGGGAUGAACCUCGAAGUGUUUAAAACUUUGUGGCAGUGCUGCUCUUGAGCCCCCGCUGUUGUUUCAAUGUAAAUAUGACAAUCUUGUCUUAAAGUAAGCACCUCUGAGUGGAUGAAACUGUCGGCAAAUCCCAUAAAGGAAGCAAACGUUGAAUGUUACACUUGUUUUUCCCCCUGAACGCAGAAAAGAAAUGAUAUUUAUUUUGCUAUGUUAAUUGGCCCCUGUGUUUAUCUAUGCUGCAGUCUAUAAUUGUAGGAAAACAAAUAUUGAGAAGGAAACUUUUUAUUUUUUCACAACUGACAGUCUGUUAUAGACCAAAUCCUGUGUGAUGAAAAACAUCACAACAGCCUGAUAUUUAUUAAAUACACAAACCAAAUAACUGUAACCUUAUUUUUUAACAUACUUUGUUUACAAAAUCUUUGAUUUGUCUUGUUCCAGUAUCUGUUUUUUUAUUUAAUAUUUCAUCUUUUAGUGCUUUGUUUUUGUAUGUUAAGAGUUUGAUGUGUACAGGUUUACCUCAUGAUGGUAUUGAAUCUGAGUUUCCUCUGGCUAGGAUGAUUGUGAAGUGAUAAUCAUGACUAUUUAAAUGACUUGUUUCUGAUGYGAAUAACUUGGAUUAACAUGCCCUGCUGAUGAUGUAUCUUUUGGAAUUGCACUGAAACUGCUAUGGUAGUUUAAAAAAAGAUUUGUUUUUUGAAUGCUUGUUAAGUUAAUAAACUUUGUUUUUCAAAAA